CGCAUGUAAUAGCAGUGAUACUAAAUAUUAAAACGGAACUUGUUAUUGAGUCGUCACUAUCCAUUUUUGGAGGUUUCUGGAUUGUUGUCGCCUGGGGGUCUCCUAAUAUGAAGGUUCUUCUUUCGGGCAUUUGCGUCGUUUUGCUGACUGGCUGUUGUCACUCGGCUAUACCAAGCGAGAGAGAGGUAAAGGAUGCUCUGGAAAAGGCAAGUGAGAUAAAUGAGAUUAAAGCAGGACUAGAUCUACUUGAAAGAGACCUUGAUACCCGAACUACCAGCAAGUGUCCUAUGUCGCUGUCUCAUGGGAAACGUUUGCAUAGUGACGCCAACAUGGACCGCAGAGUCAGUAACGCUCUACUAGCAUCCAGAAUUUUGAUGCAAGAUGGACAAUACAGUCUAAAUGAAGUUGGUGAUGUGCAGCAUAUCUUCACUCGUGAAAAUGGAGAAACUUGUGUUACAAACAACGCUCCAACUUAUUGUAAUUUCACCAGUAUAUAUAGAACAGCUGAUGGCUCUUGUAAUAACAAAGAUAAUCCUGAGUGGGGAAUGGCCGGAAGACCACAUUCACGGGUUGUAAAGAACGACUAUGAUGACAAAAUUAGCGACCCCAGAACGUUAGGAUUGAACGACGGACUGCUUCCAAAUCCACGGAUUGUUAGUAACGAAAUUCAUCGGACGGUUGGAAAUGUAGCAUUAAGUGAUAAACUGACACUAUAUGCAAUGGCAUUCGGACAAUUCCUUGAUCAUGAUAUCACACUGACACCGGAAAUCCAUGUUGAGGAUUGCUGUGCUGAAACGAAUCGAGAUGACACGGAUAAAUGCUUCAACAUCAUUAUUCCGGAAGACGAAAAGUACCAGCCAUUAUUUACAGAAGGGUACUGUAUGCAAGUGAAGCGUUCAUCUCCACUCCUUUGUGAAGACCCGUUCUCUAAAGACAAAGUCCGACAACAGAAGAAUGCCAUAACGUCAUUUAUUGAUGCUUCUAAUGUGUAUGGUUCAUCAGAGGAGCAACAAAAAGAGCUAAGAGAUGAAAAUAAACCCCAUCUGUUGAAGACAAGUAUGGACGGUAAUCGAAGACGAAUUCUAGACGGCAACGAUGCUGACUGUAUAACUGGAGGAGGGCAGCAUUGCUCUAAAGCAGGAGAUGCACGAGUUAACGAGGUUCCAAGCCUGACAUCUAUGCACUACCUAUUUGUUCUUGAGCACAACAGAAUAGCACGGAAUUUAACAGAGUUUUACGAAGACAGCGAUGUUAUAUUCGAAGAAACAAGAAGGAUUAUCAUCGCCAUUAUGCAAAAAAUCACUUACAACGAGUUUCUUGCUGCAUUUUUAUCGACUGACGCAUUGAAAAAAUACGAAUUACUUAGCUCCGUAAAAUACAAAUAUGAGAAAGACACAGACCCUACAGUAAUCAAUGCGUUCGCAACAGCCGCUUAUAGAGCUGGGCAUACGUGGGUGUCAAAAACUAUGGAUUUGUUUAAAAAAGACUUUCACCUUUGGAAAAACGAAACUCAUAAAAUUGAAGAAACAUUUCACAGACCGGACCUUACGUAUUUACCACAGUCGUUUGCCAGAUUGGCGUACUGGCUAUCUGGAGCUAAAUCCCCUGAUACGGACGCAUUCUUAGUUGAUGGUAUUCGUGAUGACCUGUUUCUCGAUAUGAGUGAAAAAAUCGCAUUUGACCUAGCUGCGCUCAACGUUCAGAGAGGUCGCGAUCACGGUCUAGGCUCAUACAACGACUACAGGACUUGGUGUGAUAUAAAACCACCGGUCAAAAGAAAAUGGGGAAGUUCUAGACCACUGCCGGGCCAUACCGAUGAAAUGACCAAAAAAUUGCAGACUGCCGGAUAUAGAUCUCCAAUGGAUAUUGACUUGUUUACUGGUGGACUGAGUGAAAAACCUGUCGUCGAAGGUAGUUUUGGUCCUACUUUCGAAUGUAUUUUAGGAGAGCAGUUUCGCAGGCUGAAGUUUGGAGACAGAUAUUGGUACCAGAAUAAAGACGCCGGAUUUACCAAAGACCAGAUUGACGCGAUUGAGAAAUACACUUAUUCAAAACUGCUUUGCAACAACUACAAUUAUGAGACAGUGCAGUAUCCCAGCGCUUUUAACCUGAAAGACGAAAAGAAAGAGUGUGUUGACAUUCCUGACCUAAAGUUUGAUGUUUUCAAUCCGAAUCCGAAUCCUGAAAAGAAGGUGCUUACCCUCAAUGAACAACUGAAGCGUCUCAUAGAAACACUAGAAGGAAAAUAGAAAAAUGAAUAAUAGCCGUGUUUUCACAUAAUCAUGCAGAUACACGAGAGAAACAUGCCAAUAUCAUAAUUAGUCUGUUCUCCAUAUAUUAAAUCGGCUUAACCUAGAUAAACUUGUUUAGUUUGACUAAAAAUAAAUUAUUUCUCUUGACCUGACAUAUCAACAAGCAUAUUAUAGACUGUAUACUUUAAUUGUUUCCUUACUUUAUUGAAAUAUAACGGUGAUUUUACUUUUUUAAACAGUGGGAUUUCCAUUUUAUGAUUUUAGCUGGUAUGGAAAUAAAUUUCAACGCAAAACAAUUAGAAUUAUAAAAAAAAUUGGAAUUUGUUUCCGAAAUAUAAAUCAAAAAUAUAAACAAGUAUAUAAAUUCUUACAAAAACAUAAAUAUUCGCACAUAUUUAAACGUAAAAGAAAUAAAAACUUUUUUCCAGUUUUGCGUCUGACGCUACCCCAUGCAAGUGCCCUUGUGCGGGAGUUGCUGAUCUAAAAGGCAUGUGUUAGUUUUUAAUUAUUUGUCAGAUCGACAUACUUUUUAUUCGUAAACAGCAAAUUUAAAUUUUCACUUGUGGCCCAAAAAAAUGUAUCUGAUGUUCACUCGGAGUAAGAUAUGUCUGUCAUACAUUGAAACAAAUAAAAUGUUAUUCUAGCAUUGAACUAGCAGAACGGUCGUGGUACAUGUAGCUCUUGUUUUAUGGUAAAACAAGAACUGUGAUAUCUUGAAAUUAGGCCAGUUUAGAUUGCAUGUGUGAAUAUAUAUUACUCAAAUUACACACACAAAAUGUAAUUUUGCUAUAGUUAAAUUGACACAAAGUUAUUUUGAUUCUCCUUUGUUUUCUUAGUUAUUUUCAUUUCCUUUUGUUUUCUUUGGUCAUGGGGUCCGAAGACAUAUGUUCCAAUUUUGCACGUCUAAAUUGUCUAUAUCAAUAAAAUCUGUUAGAUACUGAACGAUUAUAGGUUAUCGUAAUUAAUUGUACUGAGACUUUUGUGAAAAUUUGUGUAACAAAACUGAUAAUUAUAAAAUCUACCAAAAACGCUAUUAUGCAAAGUGUAAUAUUUGCUCCGUUAUGGUUUCCAUCGGAAUAUGCUUUACUUAUUAAUAUUAGAGUGGGAAAAAGCAGAGCCACAUCAUUGAACAGACAGCAGUUGCCUAGAUUUAGAUGUUUAAACAAAAAAAUACCCAAUGAAACCCAAUGUAAAUAGAUACGAGCAUGUCUUCAAAGGCAUAACUUGCAAUUGUAACAGAAUGUUAUUUUGAAGAUGAAUUAUUUCGGGUACUUGCCAUAUACACAACAAGUUCCAUAUGUCUUUGCAAUAUUACCUUAGCUACAAAUACGCAACAAGUUUAAUAUUUCUUUGCAAUAUUACCUACAAAUGACUGUAAGUUAGAGCCAAAUGCGCGCAAUUGUCUGUAAUAUAAUUUUUGACAGAGCCAAUUUAGAAAACAACCAACAGAAAAAAUAUAUUUUUCUUUUAAUAAGUAAUACUAUCCAUCUACACUGUGUUAAAUAUGGAGCGUUGUUUUACCUAAAAGUAACGCGAAUUAUAAUUUGAAUAUAUAUUUUGGGACACCCUGUAUAUAAGAUUUUGCACAUACCCUUCUUAAUACAUGCACAAAUGUAACCAAGAUUUUCUACGAUAAAAGAAAGCCAAAAUGACACAUAUAACCACUGUCAGGAAAGUUUAUAAAAGCAUAAAAAGAGUUUUAGGCAGCCAAUGUACAUUCUAAGGCUUGGUUUUAGCUAAAAUAUUAUUUUAAGCCGUUUUCCCACAGCAUUUUAUUGAUUGUGGUUGAAGUCAUUGGUUACCGUGUACGAAUUAUUUAGCAAAUGUCUUAUUUCAGAAAUAUUUUAAAACUUUUAUGAUGCUUUAUUCCAACUGCUGUAGACUUCAUUGUAAUGGUACUUUUAAGGUUCUAAAGAAUCAUGGAAACCCGCUCAAGAAAUGUAUCAGUGUCCCCCUGUGUGGUCUCGUGUUACAUUCGAACCCAGGACUUUGUUCAAUAUGUGAGACUAUGUAUGUGGUUGAGCGUGCUCAAUCAAAGAAAUAUUACACCGCAAUAACCAUAGAAGUUCAUUCUUUGUUUACUCUGCCACUACCUGCCUUCAGUCAUGUACCUUUGCAAAAUAUUGUAUCACAAAUAUGAAAUAAGUUGCACUUGUUUUAAAAGAAUACUUUAACUUUAGUUUUCUGAUUCAUGUAAGUCAAACUUAUGAAACAGUCUACAUCACAUGGUACAUCUAGUUGUAACAAUGUAACAAUGUAAAUUAUUUCCUGAGGAAAAGACGAAUAGUUUAGCACUAAAAUUAUUAUAAGUGUACAGUAAUAUGAAAUAUAUUAAAAAAGUGACAUUUUUUCGCCUACCCACGUACCUAUUUAACUAAAUACCACGUACGUACCUACAUCAAAACCUAACUCCUACCUUCCUAUAAGGUAGACAUAGUACCUAAAAUUUUAAAUUAUGAAAAGCAAUUAAAAAAUUAACUUUGGUUGUUUAAAUAUUACAUUCAAGACGAAAGAUAAUACAUAAGUUUUGAUCUUAUCAUAUUGAAGCAUGUUGUUUAAGAUUUUCUUAAACUUUUUAUUUAAUUUCUAUGUAUCCCCUCUUGCAGAUAGUCCUACAUAUCAAGUCAUUGAUCCAUAUUUAAUCCCCAGUUAUACCUGGAUUACUGCGGGAAGAACUUGACUCAAUGCAAACAAGAAAUAUCUUUAAAAAUGAUAGUGGGCGAAUUGUAAUAAGGAAAAAAGUUUAUGAAUUUUUCAUCUAACAUUCAUCUUUCACCUAACAUUUUUCAAAUCGCAAAACUAAACACCGCACUUAAUUUAAAUGGUUCUCUUUUAAUUUUUCGCAAAGGUUUCGUAGGGUUGCAAUUUUUUUUCGUUUAUCCUUAGACGAAUAAUUACAGCAGUAGAUUCAUGAAGCGGUUCAUGAGAAGAGGUCAUUAAACGUGUUUAUAUUUUUAGCUAAAUUGUUCCCUAUCCCCAUUUGUAAGAAAAUAGCAGGAGACCUUACGAUAUUGUUACACAUCGAGUUUGAUAAAAAUCCAUUACAUUUUAGUGGUUAAUGCGAAGAAAGGCAUAUCUACUUUUAGCUAUAGUGGUCCCUAAUAGGACCCAAGUUCCUAUAUAAAAAAAAUUGGAAGAGGACCUUAUAAUGAUGCUCCAGACCAAGUAUGACAAAGAUCCACCAAGCUGUUCAUGAGACGCUGUAUAAAUAAAAUCUGGAAAGUAGAUCCCUCGGAAGCACCGAAAACAAGGCAAACAGUGAAAAUUGCAGACUCGGUUUGAUUGAGUCUGUUCAUGAGCAGUAAUGGAAAAUGCAACACUGCCCACGCCCCCUAGCACCGGCUUAAGCGGUAUUCAAUCUUCAAAUCUAAAUGAAUUGAACUCAGUGAUCCCGAAGAACCAGAAAAUAUUACAGCACUGAGAUGAAGUCAAAGGCAUUUCUAGUUUUAGCUCUAGCAGCCCCUAAAAGGGAUCAAAUGUUUCAGCUGAACAAAGUUGGCUGCGGGCCUAAUAAAGAUGCUAAAAAUCAAGUUUGAUUAGAAUACAUGAGAAAAAAUCAAAUAAAGGAUUUUUUAUUUAUUAUUUUUAUUUAUUUCUAAAAUAGGCCAACUGAUCCCGCUUUAACAAAUGCAUAUUCGCCAUUCAUGAAUCUUUGGACAAUGACGUCACACCUAUAAAAAAAGUGAAGGUCAAGUAAAACAUACAAUUGUAAUUAUUUCAAUAUUUCUGUUUCAUAAGCAAAGUUUGACCGUAGUCAUAUCACAUAGAUAAACUGUAUGCAGCGAACCUUUGUUUCAGUGUAAUGAGAUUCAGUCAUUAUAUAGCAUAUAUAUAAUGAAACAGAUUUCAACUGAGUUCAAUAUUUGCAUACCAUACUAAAGAAAAAUAUUCAUAUAUAAUAAAUCAGUUAAAUAAUUUAUAACAAAUAUAUCAAA